AUGCUUGCUGUCUUGUUUGGGAUCCUGAUUGGCCCGCAUGUCGCUGGUCUCUUCAAUCCACGCUCGUGGGGAGGGGGAGCUGUUUUCAACGAGGUCACACUCGAAAUCACUAGGAUAAUUGUCGCCUUGGACGUGUUCUCAGCUGGGGUUGAAUUACCAGCUGCUUACAUUCUACGUCAUUGGCAGACUAUGCUAUGCUUGCUCGGACCGGUUGUAUUGGCUGGCUGGUUCAUAAGUGGCGGGUUGAUCGUCGCAUUCGUGCCUGCCCUAUCGUAUCUCGAGGCUCUGGUCAUCGCCGCUUGCGUUUGCCCGACUGAUAUUCUACUGGCUUCUUCAGUCGUGGGCAAUGGUAGAUAUGCUCGAAAGCAUGUUCCACCACACCUCCGACACUUGCUCCAGGCCGAGGCCGGCGCCAAUGAUGGUGUUGCUAUCAUACUCCUAUAUUUGGCGGUAUUUCUCCUUCUGAGGAAUAACUAUUCACUGCUGCUUGGUGUCUUGUACCACAUAACAGUAGGGAUCAUCAUGGGGGUCGUUACAGGAAUGAUUGCACGCCACACAUUGAAGUUCUGCAAGCGGAAAGAGCUAAUCGACAAAGAAUCGAUGGUCGCCAUGUACAUAACUCUCGCACUGCUGACCGCCGGCGUUUGCAUCCUGGCUGGAACCGAUGAUAUCGUAGCUGCCUUUGCUUGUGGGACGGCGUUUGCUUGGGAUCAUUCGUUUUCCGAAGAAAUCGAGGCUUCCAAUUUUUCACAAAUUCUUUCCCAUUUAGUCAACACAUCUGCCUUCAUCUACGUUGGCGCGACAAUCCCUUUCGAAUUAUGGAACGAAGCUGCUCUGAUGUUGACUGGCUGGAAAAUGAUCCUGCUGGCGUUGUCCAUUCUUCUUCUCCGGAGGCUGCCGGUAAUGAUCAUCUUGCGCAAGAUGAUCCCGGAUUUGAAAACAAAUAGAGAGGCCCUGUUUUGUGGGCAUUUUGGUCCAAUCGGAGUCAGCGGACUGUUCAUAAGUAUUUUGGCAGCAGAAAAACUUCCUACACCUCAAAUCCCAGUUCGGUCAAGUCUCGACGUACUCGCGUUGACUAUACAACCGAUCAUGUAUCUCCUUCUCUGUUUUUCUGUAUUUGUCCACGGCCUUUCGGUUCCCUUUUUCAACCUUAGCAAGAAUUUCGGCUCACGCGUUAAUUCCUUGAGAAGAAGCGGGACAAUCACAUCCAGCAUUCGAUCUGCUCGGUUCAAUAAUUUCACCCGAUAUGAUCCCGCCAACACGGAUGAAGCUGGCGCCUUGCAAGCCGACCAACAAUCACUUGUCCCCUCAACACCCCCUUCUCCUACUCCGACCAUCACUUCCAGGCGGGCGUUGAACAGAUCAAUCACUGUAAGUCAGUCCACACAAGUUGAUGUGGACUGCGACUCCGACGUGGAGCAUACUAAAGGAACACGUGAUGGGCACGAGAAACAAUUUCUCCUUAAGGAUGAAAAGAAGAUGGAUGAUGACUGGGUGGAGCCCCAGCCAGUUGGAGCACCCGAUGGAGCCACAAUGUACAAGUGUGGACAACAUCUAAUCAUCGAGCGCGGCGAUGGAAAGGGGCUCGAGGUGUGGCGCCUGCAACCGGCAUGGAUCGACGCCGGGCCCUCCGACUCUUCAACAUCUCGUGACUUGGAACGUAUCGGUGCCAGCAACGCGUCCAAGGUCUUCCCCCCAUCGACUUCCGCGGCUCAGCCUCACCCUCCUACAGAGAUAAGCACGACCGCUUCACGAAUGCAACAUACCAAUGAAGACCAUCCAAUAGGCAUCAAAUCCGUUCUAGGAAACACCAGUGGGGAAAGUGGGUUGGGGGGCUCACACAUGGCGACAGGAGGGAAACCCAUUACGUCCCCCUCACCAGCGGAUAGUGAUUCACCAUCGGAUGAAUGGGUAGAAGAAGAUCCAGUGGCGCAGAAGCGAACUACUGAUGCUCCUCGUUCUCCGUCGACUCGUAUAAAACUGCGCCCUCGGAAAUUGGCUGGACGUCCGAAGUCAUUGACUACUUGGGAUUUCCCAAAACCACAAGACCCAAUGGAGCAGAAUCGAACGGGGCGCGAUUUUUCGCGUCCAUCGAUAGGACAUAAACAGGAUUUUACCCGACCUCCGUCGAGAGCUACGUCUCCAGCUCACCGAUCACACGGUUGUAGGAGCAACAAAAUAUCUGCUCGCAGACGUUCUGAACCGCUCACCAAAACCAAGGUCAAGGAAGCUCAAAUGGGCACCGCUUUGAAUCAACAUCCUAUGACCUCCAAGGGUAAUGGUGAAGACAGAGAAAACCGAAAGUCGCCCGCGACUCUUAGCAGGGAAAACUCAAGAGCCCCUUCGCCAACCUUCAAAAGCAGAGGGGCUGACCUGGUCGAGUCUAAAACGCGGAAAAGGCAAGGAUCUCAAUCCCAGGUUGAUCCCCAUCGGAGAGUGAGCUUCGUCGACCCUUCAGAAGGUGAGUGA